AAUGUUUGUCAUUCCUGAACUGACUGCAGCUGGAUGUAAGCUCUUCCCCGCAGCUCUGUCGAGUUGUUGGAACCAGCGUGAGGUGGUUCCUCCCAGCAUGCUGCUCUGAGACCAGUCUGCUUCCAUCUGGACUCGUUGGACACCAAAAGCUGUGAAGACGCAGCGGAUCCGGACUGGAUCUUCAUCGGGUCGGCUUUAGGUGUUCACCAUGAAGGCGUGUGUUUGUCUCAGUGUAGCUCUUAUUUAUUUCUUCACCUGGACCGAAGCCGACAGACAGACCCAGCUGAAGCGGGUACCGCUGCGCCACCGGGCCAGGACGGGACGGGUCCAGCUCGCUGCGCGCACGAGCCCAACAUCUGGCUCGGUCGUUUCUAAAACUGGGAUUAAUAUUCAAGCUGAAGAGGGUGUUUCAGUUCCUGCUCGGGGGGUGACUUUGCACAGCAAGAGAGCUGGGGGGUCCGGAUUACCACGGAGAGGAGGUGGGGGCCAACUCGGCUUGCCUCGGCGCUCGAACUCCCUGCUGGAGGAGGACUCCCGCACCCCAGGAGCCAGAGCCGGGAUCAGGGUGCCCAGCAGCGCCGGGUCACCAAACCUGCUGGCCAGUUUUGCAGGGAAGAACCGGGUCCUGGUGAUCUCUGCGCCUCACGAGGCGGACGGGUACUACCGGCUCAUGAUGUCCCUCCUGAAGCCCGACGUGUACUGCGAGCUGGCAGAGAGACACGUCCAUCAGAUUGUGAUCUUCCACCAGGAGGGGGAGAUGGGGGGUAAGGUGAGGAGGAUAACCGCGGAGGGGAAGGUGCUGGAGGAGCCGCUGGACACCACACUCAUCCCCAGACUCAUGAACUUCCUCAAACUGGAGAAAGGGAAGUUUGGGAUGGUGCUGCUAAAGAAGACCCUGCAGGUGGAGGAGAAGUACCCCUACCCUGUGAGGCUGGAGGCCAUGUAUGAGGUCAUCGACCAGUCACCCAUGAGGAAGGUGGAGAAGAUGCAACAGAAAGGCUUCGUCCAGAAGUGUAAAGGAGCUGGAGUGGAGGGUCAAGUGGAGGAGGGCACCCUGACAGCUCCUGACCAGCCUACAAAGAGAAAACCAGUGAAGACGGUCUUAAGAAAGCCCACACCGACCAUAACAUUUGCCCCUACUACAACAACAACACUACCAACUACAACCACAACCACAGCAACUACAACCCAACCCACUACAACCACAACAACUACAUCCACCAAACCCACCACAACCAGGAGAACAACCACUACAAAGAGACCCACCACCACCCAGAAACCGACUCACAUCCAGACCACAGUGCUGUGGCUUCCAGUCCCUAGAACCACAGCUAAUCCGUACGACAGCCACAGAGAGAGGUAUCCCACUAAAACCACACCAGCUGGAGACAACCAUACCGGCAAGGACAGCAGAGAUCCAAAUAUCCGCAAGAUGAUGCCCGUCACACACAAACCCUCCAAGAUCAAACCCGCCAAGAAAAAGAACGGAGGAGAAAAGAUCUUAACUAAAGAAUAUGUGGACACGUAUGAGCCCAGUAAACCAACAGCAAGUGAUCUAGAGAAGAUGGAAACCUUCUCUGAUGUUAGUCCCACCAAGAAGGUCAAGAACAAGAAUGAUAAGCAUGACAAGAAGAAGAAAAAGAGUGACAAACUUUCCAAGAAAAAUGACAGGAGAGGAAAGAUUGGGGGUAAGAAAAAUGGAAAAAAAACAUCAAUGUACCCAGAGAAACCAAACUACUCCAAGCCCACCAAGAGGCCAACUCCCCCUCCAAAGGGAUCUCUAGAUUCUUUUCUGGACUACUUUGAAAACAGAAGGCGAUUGUUGCUGAUAACUUCCCCAAGUGAGGAGAACAGCAUGUAUGUUCAACAGAGGGAUGAGUACCUGGAGUCAGUGUGUGAAAUGGCCAUAAGGAAAGUCUCCAUCAUCACCAUCUUUGGCUCUCUGACCAACUCCACCAUGAAAAUAGACCAUUAUCAGAUAGAGAAUGACAAACCUAUGAAGGUUCUUCGUCAGGAGGACCUCGUGAACCAAGACCUGAUCACAGAGCUGAGGAAAGAGUUUGGAAUGACGUACGAUGAGUUCUACAUGGUUCUCACAGACACCGACAUGAGAGUUAAACAAAACUAUGAGGUUCCCAUCGCCAUGAAGGCCGUGUUCGACUCCAUCGACAUGUUUUCCUCUCGCAUCCGGGAAAUGGAGCAGCAGAAGAGGGAUGGGGUCACCUGUAAAAAGGAGGACAAGCCCCGGUCACUGGAAAACUUUUUGUCCAGGUUUCGAUGGAGACGCCGCCUGUUUGUCAUCUCUGCCCCCAGCGAUGAGGAGUGGUUCUACCAGCAGCAGCUCUAUUCUCUGAGCAGCCAGGCCUGCAAUCUGGGUCUGAGGCACAUUGCUAUUCUGAAGCUGGUUGGUACUGAGCAGCCAGACAUGGGCGGAGUCUUGGAGCUGUAUCCCAUCAAUGGCAGUGCUACUGUGGAGCGUGAAGGCCUUUCAGCCACUUUGGUGAAGGACAUGAGGAACUACUUCCAAGUCAGCCCAGAAUACUUCUCCAUGCUGCUGGUAGGGAAGGAUGGCAAUGUCAAGUCCUGGUACCCUUCGCCCAUGUGGUCCAUGGCCACCAUCUAUGACCUGGUGGACUCAAUGCAACUGCGUAGGCAGGAGAUGGCAAUCCAGCAGUCACUCGGCAUGCGCUGUCCUGAAGAUGAGUAUGGUGGCUAUGGCUACCAUCAACAUGGGUAUGAACAUGGUUACCAGGAUAGCUAUCGCCAGGGCUAUGGUUACUAAGGGUAGUAACCUAUUGGGCUGCAACUAAUUGGCAACAGACAUUUAAGAGGGAGUCCCUAGAAAGACUGACAAUAUUCAGUGGUUCCCUCACAUGAUUUGCAGAGGCUCACGGUCCUAUUGAUUGAGUUUUAAAUGUGUUUAAAUAAUUUGCGAGAUAGAGUUGCACUGAAAACAGUCAGAGUCAGUGCAUAUGUCUUAAACCCAUGUGAAAUUUUUGUGGGCAUUUCCAGCCCAUCUCAAGAGUACUAGAGCUGUAUUUUGACACAAGAAAAUGCUCUCUGGACAGAAAACAUGUCCAGGUCUAAAAUCCGUGCUGAUACUUAAUUUUUAAAAACUGGUCCAAGUCUGUUUGAGUAUACUUUAGAAAUGAACAAACAGAUUACAUCAUAAAUGUAAGGGUGACUGAGAAAGCUGAUG